AUAUAAUGUAGUGCUGGCCAGUAUUCCCCACAGCAGGAUAAUGAAAUGUUGGGCUCUAUAAGGGGAGCGUCGACUUUGGCUGUUCCUCUUGCCCUGUUUCCCUCUUGCAUGCGUUGCUUACUCUUCAGCAGCUUGCUGGACGAUUGAAGCAUGGAACCAGCUGCUGCAGCAUGGGUGCCUGCUUGCAACUGCGCAGGGGAGCCGGCGCCAUGGCAGCUGGUUGAGUACUACGCAGCAUCAGCAGCAGCCACACAUCAGCAUUGUUAUCCCAUGGAGAACAAUGACGAAGCAGCACAAGAGUCGUUUGAGGUUGUUUUGCACAGUAUGGAUCCCGAUUGUGUGUGCCGGGAUGUACAGGCGGAUUUUCGGGACGAUAUCGACAGUGUGAAGGACAAGAUCCAUAGGUACCCCGAAAGCAUUCGGGAUCUCGGUGAUUGGUACACGGCGCCGAGGACAGUGGCCAUCGGCCCUUACCACCACAACAGCCGACAGCAGCUCAAGAAGGCGGAGCAGGUGAAGCAUGUGGCUUCGUGUCAAUGUGUCACAGAAUCAGGGCGCUCGUUGCAGGAGCUGUACGACGCGGUCGUCUCCGCCGCCGCCGACGCCCGCCGCUUCUACGACAAGGAUGCGGUGGCAGGCAUCAGCGAUGAAGACUUCCGGCAUAUGAUGUUCUUUGAUGCUUGCUUCCUGGUGCAGUACAUGGUCUGUACUAGUACUAGUACUACUACUGUCCCAAGCCCAACAACGGAGGAGGCGAAGGCGGAUCAAUGGCUGGCUGAGUUCUUCUACGCCAACAGCAGCGGCAUCGACCAUGACGUCUGGCUGCUUGAGAACCAGCUCCCCUGGAAGGUGGUUGAGAGCGUCAUGAACUUCAGGCCAGUGAACCUGGAGAAGUUCGUUGGUAAAUGGAUAGAUAGUCUGCAUGACCGCAAGGAUCUCAAAGGAAAGUCUUUCGCCUUGGAUGACAGUUACGACACACCACAUCUCCUUGGCCUCCUCCGGCACCACAUUGUAGGGAGUAGAACAAAAACCAGCUGGAAGCCCAAGGAUAAAGAUCAGUUCAAGUCACUGUCAAUUUCUGUCAGUGCCAUCGAGCUCGCCAAAAUCGGCAUCACUCUCACAGUCAACGAAACUGGCAAGCUCAUUGACAUGGGCCUCGACGACAGGAGCUUCUCCGCUGAGCUCUCACUGGCGCCGCUGUCCCUCAACUAUGCACGCGCCAGCCGGCUCGUCAACAUGGCUGCUCUCGAGAUAUGCUGCUUGACCCCAACUACUCUUACAUAUAACAUUGAGGAGUCAGCCGUCUGCUCGUAUCUUCUCCUCCUGUCGAUGUUGGCGCAGAAGGAGGACGACGUGCACGAGCUGCGAAGGCAUGGUGUCCUGGAAGGAGGAGCUGGGCUAACCAACAAGCAGGUGCUCGACUUCUUCACAUGCCUUCAGAGCCUGCCCGACGGGCUAUGCUCUACCUUGACAUUGCUGCAGAUCGAGGAUUACAGGUUGAAGAGGAAGAUGUUGGCCAAGGGGCACGCGUUUUGGUACAAGCACAAGAAUACCAUCUACAAGAUCUUAUCCGCCAUUGCUUUCUUGGGUACACUUAUCGGCCUCUUACAAAAAUUCAAGUCUCUUUAAUUUCAGCCGCCGCCCCUUGAUCAUGCAUAUCUUCGGUUCUAGUACUAUUUAUUAUCGCUUACUUUAUUUGGUAGUGAUUUCCUCUGUAGCUACAAGUAACUUCCCUUCUCAAUGUACCUGAAUUCCGUUUAAUUUGUAGCAAAAAGUUUGCUUAGUAGCUUUCUGAUUCUCGAGCUACUUACUGUGUUGCUGUAUCAGUUUGCCAAUUAUAUUGCACCACCGUGAAAGUGGCAAACCCCA